AUGCCCGUUCGUCCUUCACUUGAAGGCUCCACCUUCGAUGCCGACCUGCGCGACCGGCAUCUGAUCUAUGAUUACGCAGCACAAGACGAGCACGGCAACCCAGAGAAAUGGCGAUAUGAGAUGUGGUUCCAAAAUGAAGAUCGCAUCAACUAUGCGAUCCAUGGCGGACCGAUGGCAGGUCGCAUCAAUUUCCAAGCGGCCGAAUACCAAUGUAUUCGACCGGGCGAAUUGUGGCAAUGCAACUGGCUGGAAGAGACGGGAACCGUCUGUUCCCUAGUAUACGACAUUCCGCGACGGAAGAUCACCACCCUACUUGGCUUCUCUAAGGGCCACUGGGAACAGGCCGAGGAAGCCCACGGCGACAAGCGGAACCCGAAGGAUUUGGAAAGGUGGCGUGGUCUGGCGAAGCUGGGUAUCCAGACAGAUCGUCAUAUGUUGAGUGAGCAGGCGGAUAUCUUGGAGGAUUUCCGGGGUGCAGGUGAUUUGAAGCCGGCCGACAAUAGUUGGCCUACCCUGUAG